AUGGAUAGCUCUAGAAUAGGUAAUCCAGCGAGCCCAGUGCGAGCUAAUCCAGUGAUGAAUUAUAUCUUAAAAAAAAUUAAAGGCAGGUCACCCUUUCUUGUUCCUUUCCUGAAGGUUUAUGUUGAUAACGUUGUCAAAGCAAUACCUACAGAUGGAAUGGACCAAACACUAAAGACCUUCAAUAGUGUCAAUAAUAAGAUCCAAUUCACAAUGGAGUUAGAGAAUAAUAGAACCUUAUUCUUCCUAGAUAUGAAUAUUAUAAGAAACAAAGACGAUUCCAUUGUAACGAACUGGUAUGUUAAACCUACAAGCUCUGGUAGAUGUAGAAAUUAUAAUUCGAAUAAUCCAAUGAGCAAAAAAAUUAGGGUAAUUAAAGAAAUAAAGGACAAGGUUGAUAAACUAAAACAAUCAAACUUAGUUAACAAAAUACCAUGUGAAUGUGACAAACGUUACAUAGAGCAAACCAAAAAAAAAUUAAAAAAAAAAAUAGAACAACAUAGGAAUGAUUGUAAACCUACGAAUGUUCAAAAAAGUAAUACUACUUUGGUAGUUAAACACCAUUUUAAAACAAGACACGAGUUUAAAUUUGAAGAUACAGCUAUUUUAGAUAGAGAAGACAACUG